CCUCCUGAAAAAAAAGAGAGAGGCCCAAAAAGUCUAUUAUCCACUUCACCGGCGGCGGGAAGAGGGUCUUGGACAAGCAGCGGCGGGAGCGGAGACGGUCGGAGGUUGCUCGCCGCCGGCCGCCGCCGAAGCAAUGGGAAUCAAGGGUUUGACGAAGCUGCUGGCGGAGCACGCGCCGAGGGCCGCGGUGCAGCGGCGCGUGGAGGACUACCGGGGCCGCGUCAUCGCCAUCGACGCCAGCCUCAGCAUCUACCAGUUCCUGGUUGUGGUGGGAAGGAAAGGAACAGAAGUUCUUACCAAUGAGGCCGGUGAAGUCACAAGUCAUCUGCAAGGCAUGUUGAACCGGACUGUAAGAUUGCUUGAAGCAGGAAUAAAACCUGUGUUUGUGUUUGAUGGUGAGCCACCUGACCUGAAGAAAAAGGAACUGGCUAAAAGGUCUUUGAAGAGGGAUGAUGCUUCGAAAGAUCUUCAUAGUGCUAUUGAGGUUGGAGAUGAAGAUUCAGUUGAAAAAUUUAGCAAAAGGACUGUGAAGAUCACAAAAGAACACAACGAUGGCUGUAAGAGGCUGUUAAGAUUGAUGGGUGUCCCUAUAGUUGAGGCACCAGGUGAGGCAGAAGCACAGUGCGCAUCACUUUGUAAGAACCAUAAGGCACAUGCUGUCGCUUCAGAGGAUAUGGACACACUGACUUUCGGUGCUCCAAGGUUUCUUCGCCAUGUAACUGACCUUAGUUUUAAGAAAUCUCCUGUAACAGAGUUUGAAGUGCCAAAGGUUUUGGAGGAACUUGGACUAACAAUGGGUCAGUUCAUCGACUUAUGUAUUCUUAGUGGAUGUGACUACUGCGAGAAUAUUAAAGGUAUUGGGGGACAAAGAGCCUUGAAACUCAUACGUCAGCAUGGUUGCAUAGAAGAAGUUGUGCAAAAUCUUCACAAGAGGUACACUGUUCCAGAAGAUUGGCCUUACCAGGAAGUUCGGACCUUGUUUAAGCAACCUAAUGUUUGUACAGAAAUUCCAGAUUUCCAGUGGACCUCAGCAGACAAAGAGGGCCUUGUGAAUUUUCUGGCAUUUGAAAACAGUUUCAGUUCUGAUCGAGUGGAAAAGGCAGUAGAAAAGAUAAAGGCUGCUAGCGAUAAAUAUUCCCCAGCAGGGCGAGCGAAGCUUUUGACACCAGUAGCUAACCUAUCAGGAUCUACAGAGAAGGAAUCCAAGUGCGUUUUAGGUGCUUCAGGACAAGGUCUGAGGAGCAGGACUGCUAUACAAGUAUGCAGUAGCUCAAGCUCUGGUUUCAGAUAUGGUAGUUCUAGUUCAAAGCCAUUGGUGCUGGGAAGGCAAUCAGGAGUUCAUGUGAAGCCUCCCACCUUUUCUUUCAUCUAAAUCUGGAGUUGCUUUGGUUCUCAAGAUUACCUAGUGAACCUGUGGCCAAGCUACAGGAAGAAUAGAUGGCCACUUGGAAUAUGUCAAGUGAAUGCUAUGGUUGUAAUUUAGGCUUGUCUUGUAAUCUAGAAAAUUAGCUUCAAUGCUUCAACUUAUUCACUUCUAACGCUGCUUCCUGCUAGAGUGUCGCAUGGUGGCCAGCAAGUAUUUGGUCGCCUUUUGGCUAUAAUAUGGAAAAUUGUCAGCGAGCCGGUGUUUUCGCUGAAAAAAAUAUACAUAUACCCCUUGCAUUAUCC